AGCUCUGGCCAGUCAACUGUGAUUUUUUUUUCUCUCAUUGCUAACGGAGGCUGUGUCUUGUAAACACAAUGGCACCAUUGACCUACUGAUCGCCGUCUCCCAUGCAGUCAACGACUGCACAACAACUCAUUACAACAAAACCCAGGGGAUCUGCCAUGCAGGAUAUGCACAAUGACAGUACCAUGGAGUUUCGGUUGGUCUUUGUGUCUCCUGCCGCUCCUUCUGGCUCGACACGCCGCACACGCGGCUCCUGAUUUCUCUCAUUAUCUUCACAGCAUUCUGAAGAACCACACGGCUCAUGCAUGUGAAGGAGGCACGCUCGCCAUCGAGUGUCCCUCCAGGACGUCCGUGGCAGUCCUGUCAGCUUUCUAUGGACGACGUGUUCCUAAUCGGCAUUUAUGCCCCACUGCAAACACAAAUGCAACUGUGCAGGAGGACACAGAAUGCACCUCGGCGGUUGCUAUUGAGAAGGUGCUGUCAGAGUGUCAGGAUCGGCGCUCAUGUCACAUUCCUGUCUUCAGUCCAGUGUUUGGACAGGACCCUUGCCCACUCACCAGCAAGUACCUCCUAGUCUCCUACAAGUGCAGACCAGAGCACCAUCGCACAAGACUGGUGUGUGAAAAUGAGCGUCUCAGGCUGAUGUGUAAAAACGAGACUGUCCUCGCCAUCUACUCUGCCACGUUUGGACACCUUCUGCACGGAAGUCCUUACUGUCCUCAGGAACCUGGAUCACACGCUGACAUGGAGUGUCUGUCACCUUUGGCUCUGAGGAAGGUGUCACGCAGGUGUCAUGGUAGAGCGAGCUGUUCAGUCCUGGCCGAUACUCAAACUUUUGGGGACCCCUGUUUCUCCGGCACCAGGAAACACCUGCGGGUGUCCUUCACUUGUGUCCCCCAGUAUCUUCUGGAAGACGUGGGUCGAGGGUCAACAGAUCCUUUCUUGAUUUCGGACUACACACACGGUGGAUGGUACACUGGCCCCACCUACAGGCCUCAAAAUGUGCUCUUUACCAACUCUCUGGAGAUCAUUGAAAAAAUAUGGGAUCUACCAGAGAAAGUGGCUCUGUACUUUGUCUCUGGCAUCUGUGCUGGUCUGGUUUUCCUGCUCUGCCUGUUUGGUAUACGCUCCACACUAGUGAGAGACGUCAAAGAUCUGGUUUCUGACCUUAAGGAUGAGCUGAAAGCCUCUCGCAGACAGAGCAAGGAGCUAAUGGAAGACCUCUACGAUGACGAGAUCUCAGACACGUCGUCCUUCUGUCGACUCACACAAUCCCACCGCGCGGCAGACAUCUUCAGCCCCUCCACGCUGACAGUAGAGAUGGUUGAUCUUGGGGUGGAACAGACGAGGGAUCUGCCCAACGGAGACAUUUGGCCACAUAGAGACUCCAGCCCUUAUGCCAUUCACAAGAUCAAAACCUACAAUAACUGACAGAAGUCAUGUAUUAGUAAAGCUUACAGCACAUUCUGCUUCUGUUGCAGACAGACAUUAUACACAAACAUUUGUUUCACUUUUGAAUUAACUUCAAUGUGCCUCUUUAUCCAAGUUCUGUUGUUCAUAGAAUGUCAUAAAAGAUUAUGAUUCAAACACACAAAGUCCUAACACACUAGGGGUUAAUCAUUCAUAGGAAUAGCAUCAGAUUAAUUGUUCUUUAAAAUGAUGAACAUUAAUUAAAGAAAUGCAAUUUUAAUGUUUAAAAGGUCAAAGGUUAUCUCCUUGGAUGUAGGAUGUAUAAAUGGUGAGGACAGUAGAGAGUUUACACUCUGUGACCUAUGUUUUAGCACUAAGCUCAUAUUUGAACUGAACACAAUGUGCCUUGUAAAGAGAGAUAUUAUGGCAUUGAUGUUUUAUUGGGCUGCAUUAAAUUGUACAGUAGUAUCCAGUAAAGUGGCAACUAAAUGUAGUUAUUUGCGAUGUAAGUCAUACUAACUAAUACAAUUCUUCAUGUGAGGUGGGACUUGCAGGAUACAAUGACUCUGUUUAAUGUUUAGUAACUAGAAUGUUAAAGAAUUAAAGCUCCGUGUAACACAAGGGAAAUUAUCUGGACUGGGAAAUACUUCAUCUUGCCCAACAGCCUCUGUAAGAUGUCAACAGCAUUUCAUGUAGAAAAAGUUAAAUCUAACUUCUGUACGUAGAUCUAAGAGGAAAUUUAAAAAAUGUACUCAUUGGAAAACCAGCUCUGCAGUGUUAAAGUUCUAUAAAAGUAUGGUGGCCCAUACCACAUUGCAUUGGUAUAUUGGUAGCUUUAUUUGAGUAAAGGAUCAGCGAACCAGUGGUGGAAUAUAAUUCAGCACUUUUACUUUGACUUAAAUGUACUCUUUUAUAGCUGAAACCUUCAUCCAAAGCCCCCUCUCACAUCUGGACAACAUAACCACAGUUUCAGAUCUGUGAAACAUACUAUUAAAUUGUGAAAAUAACUUACAAUUCAAUUAGCAUUUCUACAGUGCGGUCUAUUUCACCUAAGGAAAACUUAAUACUUCUUUCACCACUAAACAACUGUGUUAGAUUAGGGCAGCACAUAUCUGUGGUAGAUAUAAUGGCAGCAGGGUAAUCUUAAAAUGUGCGCGUUAGGUUGGAUUAUGAGCAAAAUAAAAAAUCAUGAAUUUA